AUAUUGGUUAAAAGUAAAUUUCAAGUUCUUUUAAUAAUGGAAUAGAAAAAUUUUGAAUAUAACAUUGAUAAUAAAGAUGAAGUUUUGUAAAUUAUGAAUGAAUAAUUUGGGUCAAUCUUAUUUUCUACAAUAAUUAUAAUUAUUCAUUUUUACUUGACUGUCUUGUAUAUCCGCUUCCGUUUAGCUUCUUUCCAGCAUAACCUAUUGGAGCAAUUUAGCACGAAUUCAAUCCGUUGAAUAAGUGCCUAACUUGAGCCAUGGCAAAGUCAAAGAAUCACACCAAUCACAAUCAGAAUCGCAAGGAUCACAGGAAUAAGAUAAAGAAGCCCAAGAAGCAUCGUCAUGAAUCUUCCAUGGGAAUGGACCCGAAAUUCUUGAAGAACCAGAGGUUCGCCAAGAAGCACAACCUGAAGACAGCCAAACAGGUGAAAAGGGCAACGGCACGACAGGCCUAUCGCGAAAUCAAGGCCAAAAACGAUCCUAAGCCAUAGAUGUAAGUUCUUUGACGUUUAAAUAAAACUUUUACAACAAU